AUGGCUUUGCCUUUCGAUGCUCUAACCUCUUACUUACCUCAGACCCACAUCACCUUUUCCUCCAAACCCCACACGGAUGUCUUCAGCAUUGAUCUCAAGCCAGAACACCAACCAACAGAAAUCUCUCACGAACCAGCAUUCCAGAGCGAAAAAGAAAGUGAAGCCAGAGCUCAGCUCACUUCGGGGCAACUCAGGUCAAGUCUCAAAGCUCGCGCACCAUCAAUCGCCUUCUCUACAAACACCGACCCCGAUACCGACCUGAGCCAGGAGCAGGCGACAACGUCUAAGGCGACGGCCUUAUCUCAGUAUUGGGAGAUGAAAGGAUGGAGAAAGCGUCUGUCAGAGACUUGGGCGACGAGUGCUGGUCGAAGUUGGAUUUACAAUCGCCCCUUCCCAGCAAGUUUCAGUUGGGCUUUAAGCUUGCUAUCUGCUCUCAGCAUACUCUUAUGGGCAGUCGACUUAGAAUGA